AUACUUUGUAUAAGAGCUUUAUGGAUUAUGUGGAUUUGGCAAACAAUGAAACCUUUAAUUAUACUUUGUAUAAGAGUUCUAUGGAAAAUGUGGAUUUAUUCGAAGGCGAUAUUAGAUUGGACACGUCAUUGGGAGAGAGUCGAGCAGCUGUAUUAAUACCGAGUAAACUUUGGGAUGAUGGUUUAAUAUUUUACAAGUUUUCUCCUGAUAUAAGUUCUUAUAGAACUAGGAUUUUAAAGUCAAUUUUUGACUACAUGGAGUAUGUAACUUGCUUACGUUUUAUUAAAAGAAGAAGAGAGAAUAAUUAUAUUUAUAUACAGGAAGGUAAAGGAUGUAAUUCCAUGGUUGGAAAGGAGGGUGGACGUCAGAUUCUUAAUUUAGGAAGUGGAUGUUGGAACAUCGGAAUAAUACUUCACGAAUUAUGCCACGCUAUUGGAUUGUAUCACGAACAUAAUCGACCAGAUCGUGAUAAAUAUAUAAAAAUUUUAUGGAAUAAUAUUACAGAUGAAUUUAAGACGGAAUUUCAGUUGUACGAUAAGAAUAUCUUGAGAAUAUGUGACCAUUAUAGUUACGAUAGCAUUAUGCAUUAUGGUCCUAAAUCCUUCGCUAAAGAUGGUAAAAUAAGUUUAAUGCCAAUUCUUCCAAAUGUUACCAUUAAAGAAGUUUACGAAUGGCAAAUUUUGUCAGAAUCCGACAUCGAAUGUAUUAACAAGUUAUACAAAUGCAAAUAAAUUCUGAUGUAAAUAUAUAAAUAAAAUUUAGUUCAUUA